GACGACUCAAGCCAUGUCCGGGUGACGGGAGGCUAAGCUCUUCCCCUCCUCCGCCCCCCCCCCUUUCUUGCGGCUGGUUCGCGCGGCCGUGCUGUCCGCGAAGGGGGAGGAACCACUUCAUUGCUUGAGGAGGGGGGAGCCUCGGCUUCUCCGCCUCGUGCGCGGGGAGUUCUGGAGCUGCCCGUUCCCGGGCGCAGCGCUGGGAUGGGCUCAUGCGGGGCUACCCCGCAUGCCGCCCCAGCCGCCGCUUGCUUUCCCCUGGUUCCUCUCUCCAAGCCCCGCCGCUCCUUUAUUUCCCUCGAUCCUUUUCUGUUUUAACCCUCUGAGCUCCCCCGUCCCUUCAAUUCUUUCCCUUUGGAACUCCUUGCCUCUUGAUUGCUUGCUCGAAGCCUUUGGAAAGGAAGGGGAACAGCGUCUCUAGCAAGACUUGGUGUGCAAUCUCUCCCAUUCUCCCGCGACGCUUGAACCCCUUCUGCUUUAUUGCAGUUUUUUUUAAAAAAAGGGAUAAGGGAUGCUGCUGACGCCUUGCUCUUCCUCCUCUUCGCGGAUCAUUCAAUGCAACGGUGAAGACCCCAAGAGUCCCGGCUUCUGACUGCGAAAAUGUGGCAAAGCAUCGGCUUGACCUUGCUGGUGAUCGUGGCCACGCUGCUUUGCGUCCUGCUCUUUAUGCUUUGCGGUUGGUAUGUGGUCUGGCAGCUGUUCUUAUCCAAAUUCAAGUUCUUGCGGGAACUGAUAGGAGACACAGGAUCCCAACAGGGCGACAAUGAAAUUACAGAGCCGGAAAGCGAACGGGAUGGGUCAUCCCUUCUACAGAGGAGCAGGCAGAAGCCGACGCGGCAGCGAAAGGCACCCACCGAAGAAACAACUUAAAAUGACUCCUGGGACUGUUGGACAAUUCUCAAGUGACUGGCAAACACUGGCGCAGCUUGGGUUGGUUCUGGUGAUAUACAAAUGAAGAGACUGAAAACCAUUCCUUUAAAACUCUAGGAAUUUAGUUGUAUGCUGGUUUAGUCAAGAUUUGAGUCGAAAGUCAGGUGGUACUUAAAAAACAAAGGAACUACUAGAAGGGAGGGAGUUCCUUCAUGUUCUGGGGUGGAGUUGGUAGCUGCUGUAACCUUUCCCGGAUGACUUACCAGGCCUCACGCUUUGCACCCAAGAGAAUGUGAUGAAGUUUUGAAGAUGGAAAUGGCCUCUGUCUGCUUUUACAGGACUGAAGCUACUUGCAGGUAGACCUUAGCGUAAUUCGUUUAGAAGCUUGUAUGGAAAGAGAUGUAUUCCUCCAGUCUUAUCCGUGGACGCAAGGAUCUUCUUUGUCGGAGAAUGGCUUUAAAAAAGGGUACCCCCCAAAGAAAACCAAUAUUUAGGCUGACAUAGAAGGUUUGAUGACUGACUUAAUUGGGUACCAAGAGUUGGUAUUUUAGUUUCAAUGCAUGCCAGUUUUCAGGGUUUCUGUUUUUUAAACCAGUGUGGGUUGUCUGUGUGAGUGUGCGUGCGCAUUCCACCAACACCUUUUGUUUUGCCUACUGGAGAGGAGAAAAACGUCUGUUACAGGACCUGAUAACAGUGAUACUUUUAAAGGCAUUAAACAUGUGACGAGGUGGCUUUAAAAUGAUUUUUUUUUUUUGCAUCCUUUGCACCAAGAAUUAAGGGAAGAUAGUUACAGAUGUCCAACAAAAUUCUGGGGGGGAGGCGACCUUUCAGGAUGGCCUCACCAAUGACGCAGCUGAGACCUUCGUAGCUGGUGUUCCUGGUUGAACUUGCAAUUUAUCGAAUGCUUCUUCUUUGCCUUCCGGUGAACAUCAAGCGCGGCUGACAGCAGCUUCAGACUGGCUUGGAAACUGCAAUGGAAGAUGCUGAUACUGACUUCAAACUGGGGAUGCUUCAUCAACAGUCACGAUGCUGGGACAAAGCAUGCUUCGCUUCUUGAAACCGCAGGAUGCAUCAGCACCCUGCUUUCCAGUUCUGCCCAGCAAAGGACUACAGCUCAGUGUCUUAAUGCUUCAUAGCAGCUAAAAGUGAAUCCUCAUGAAUGACAAGUGCUUUUUAGACUAGCUCUCUUGAACCGCAGUUUUGUGUCUCGCAGCCAGGUAUAGGGCCACUUUCCCCCCCUAAUCUGUGGAUGGUUUGGAACAUCUGAAACAUGUCUUAGGAAUGGAAGAUGACAGUAUUCACAUCUAUAAGUAGCUCAUUAUUUUUUUUCACGAAGUUUUAGGCAUUUGGAUCGACAUCCCUGAUGGUUUCUUUUAAAGUAUCUUCUUUGUUCUGUGUCUUAAUUAAUGUCUGUUGGAACACUCAGUAAAGGUGGCGGCACUGUUUCACACACGGCACGAUUUUACACAUUGCGUUUGUAGAUGCGUUGCUGGGUCUCUGUGUGAGAAGUGGGUUGUAGCCUCUAAAUAUGAAUGUUUUGCUGAUUUAAAACCAUAGGGUAAGAUUUCUGUGACCGGUUUCUUGCAGGUGGAGAUGGUGGUAGAAAGAAAUGGCUUAAAUUAAACGAUAUCAGAUGUUUUCAGAUG